AGUGAGGCAUACCCAUCCCGCGGUUGUGUCUUCAUUUUGAUGAAACUAGCGGCCGGUGUGGUCUUGAUAUAAGAGCAUAAGGUGAGGAUCAUGCCGGUACAGUCGUCUGUCAUUCGGUCAUCAGAAAGGUCUUUUUUUCGGUGUGAGCGGCCACCUUUGCUUUCGUUCGUUUGACAAAGAAAAUUCUCUGCGUCCUUGUGGGUAUGCUGGAACACAUCUUUUACAACGUUACAACCGAACACCGCAAAAAAGAUACAAAAAAUAGCGGAAUUUAAACACUGAAUCACUUUUCUUUCCAGAGCUCGUACUCCAACAACCCACUCUUUAUUCUUUGGUCACGGUGUGCGCCUUCUUCUGGAGCUGCGCCAUGCUGUUCCAUUCGGUAUCGGCUACGCCACUUCCCACUGAAGGCACUCUACGCGUCUCGGAGUUACCUUUCUCGGAGAAGCUGCAAAAUCCGUGCGCUUUGGUGGACGCAACACGACUGCAAGGUUCCACACUAGCACGAGAGAGCGAGCAGGACAGGUUGGCUACCAGAAGGACAGUUGUCAAGGAGCUCAAAGCAAAAGCUAUCUUACUAAGAGGUAGCGCAGAGACCAUCCUCAGGACUAAUGUUCUUCAAGACUGUUCAUCUCUUGAGCUUCCUUCAGUUGCCAUAAUACCAACAGCGGAUGAAAUAUCGAGCAGUGAGACCAAGGAAGUGCUGCUCGCUUUCUACACGUCGCUGCUGAACCAUACUGCUCACGUGUACUUCAUGUCAGACCAGAUGCAACAGCAUUCCUCCGACGAGACGUGUAAUAGUGCAGACCUAGCAACGAGUGCUAAGUCCCUGGCGUCUCACAUGCGCGAACUGAUGUGCGUCCUCCGACUCUGCACUUUGGCGCUGCAAGAUGAACCAGACGAAGACGACGAUUUCCAUUUCGAAGAAUCUACUUCCCAGAUCUUGAAUGAACAACUCAUCGAUCAACCUCUUUGUUCAAGGAGGUCUGUCAGGGACUGCCAGACAGUGGGCAGUACAGUGACCCUCUUGCGCGAAUUCUCUUCCUACUUGCAGAAAACACGUCUGAUGCCAGACGAAGUGCUGGCUGGUUCCUGAAUUACAGAAAUCGGACGAAGUUUUGAUCUGCUGGUUUUGCAACAGGUGUUCUCAGGGAAAGGCGGAGUUCCUUGCCACCGAACUGUUCGGGCAUCUUUUUCUCUGAUUGUAUAGCGUGGGUGGUGGCAGCAGUUUCUUGCUCAAGAUGAAGUGUACAUAUCUCGGUUCUUAAAUUAUUUGCCAUGACUGCUUUCUCCCUGUCCUGCAGUUUUGAAAUCGGAAAUGAUGAAUGUCGACUAAAGCCAAUGCUAACGUCUUCCUUAAAACUGAAUUCAUAUACUGUACAGCUAUUCAGUUCUAGAGAAAUUGAUCUAUUCAUAAAUGUGCGCGGAAGAAGAUGGAAAUUCGUAAUUUUUUAUCCACUUUCGAGUUCAUUACAUUGGAAAGAUCAUAGUGUUUGGGAAAUGAAUUACUUAUAUUUUAGUGAUAUUUUUUAUGUUUAGGUAGUCUGAGGUACAUAAUGAAAGUUUUGAGUUUCCUAUGUAUAAAGCGUGAAGUAAAAUAGUAUUAGGUUUCUUUCAUCCAUGAAAGAUACAGAGCUUUUAGCUUUCAACAAAUCUCCUGAAAUGGUAUUCAUUUCGGAUACAUUGCUUUGGAAUUACAGGGAGAGAAAUUUAUCUGCGUAAGAAAACUUUAAUUAAAUGCAUUGCAAGGCGUUUCGAAAAAAAAAAAAAAAAACAUCAAAUUUUACUAGCUUAUAAAAUUACUUCUUAUAACACAAAAACAUGUUAUACUUCACCUGAUAGGAAACAGGUGAAACUUAUAUUGUCAGGCAUUUUGUAAAUGUUCCUUCUAUUUCUGACAAAGUCUAGCAGGCAGUUUAGAACCACUAGCGUUAUAAAAUGAAUUACUAUAAGAGUAGUUAUUUGAUAAAGCUUGUUUAGUGUGGUUGGGGGAUAUACAAAAUUUCUUUGAAGAAUUCUCAAAGAAAAAGUAUUCAAGGACUUAGAUGAGGAGAUCCACAAAUCUAAGAUCACAACUCGGGAUUAUCGUGUGAACACUGAUUUAUCCAGCAAUAAAAGCAAUUAUGUUCAGACAGUCUACUGAAAAUAACUGAGCAAAAAAAUACAAAGGUUUUCGUUUUACUUAUUAAGUAACUUAUGACGUAUUUUUGUAUUGCAAGAAAUAAUAAUUUUGCAAUUAUAUAAAGUUUGCUUCUUUUUUUGAUAUUCUGUAUAUCAAAAAGUACCUUAAAUGCACACUGUGUUAAGCGUAAUUAAUAAUUUAAGUAAAAGAUAAAUUUUACAUAAUGUAAAAUUAACAUUUUGUUUUGUUUUCAUAUUAUUACUUCUUAUAAUUCAUCAAGUUACUACUUAUUCAUCAAGUUAUUACUUCUUAUAAUUCAUCUCAGAAGCUGGUUUUUGAACUCACAAAAUGCAAUCUAUACCCUGUUAAAAUAUUGCUAAUCACACUUAUUUUAUUUUAAUAUGUGAGUUAAAUGCUGCAUUCAGAUGUUCUUGUAUUGGGAGGAAUUCCCUGCAGCUCUUGUGGGUAAACAGCGUGUUUUCAGCAAGCAUUUAAUUCGAUCAAUGACUUGUAUCCCAAGAGUCUGGAAAAUAAAUAUUAAUAUCCGAUAUCAAAAGCUAUUGUAGCGUUUUAGCAUCGCUGUAAGAUACACUUAGUUAAAAAAUAAAGCAGAUAUAUUAAGUUGGGCAUUGAAUAAAUUUUCACUCUAAUAGUUAUUUAGACACAUUUCUUUUUAAAAUAAUAUUAAUGGAUCCUAAAUCAAAGUGAAUUAGUCGUUAAAUUAUUAGGAAAGCAUAUUUACUUACAUUCUGUUAGUUGAACUCCUUUACAGAAAACUUUCUUGACGAUGAAGCAACCUUUUUAUGGUUAAUUGUAAACCUCGGCAAGGGCAUCACAUAGAAAGAUCAAAUGAUAAGAAAAUGCUGCCAGCAUUUACAUUGAUCUAACAGAGAAGAAAAAAAAAUCAGGUCCAGGAAAACUAAUAUUUAAGACUGGUUUUAUUUCACGUAUGUAAUCAGCCAUGUAUGUCGCUGACGUCAUAUUUAUUAAAUCAGCCCGUUUUUCUGGUAAAUCAGAGCAGAAGAAUAGUUCAGAGAAAUAGUAUGGAUAAAAGAAAUUAAUGUACCGAUUGAUAAAGAUUUCGCUUAAAAUAACUUCUUUAACUUACGUUAUAUUUCUAGAACAAAGGCCAUUGUUUACAAAGAAUAUGUAAUAUUGUAUAUUCUGUUUUUAAAAACUACUAAAAUUCCUUAAAAUAAAUUAUUUACGCUAGGAAAAAUAAUGGUUUAGAAAAACCACUAUAGUUUUCGACUUAAAUGCAGAUCAAAAUUUAAAUUUCCCCUUGUAAAUGUUAUAACUAAAUAAUGAUAAUUUUAUACAAUUCAACAUUGAUAUAGUGAACAUUAUAGUACGUGAAUGUCUUUCCACGUUGAUGCAGGCUUAUAGAGAAUUAAAUUUAGCAUGAGGAGAGGAAAAAAUGCAAUUAAUAAAUACACAAUUUUUAGUUUCUGCAGUUUAUCAAAGAAUUUAAUGAGCUGAAGUGGCUAAAAUUCUAUUUAUGAAAAAAAGUGAGUGAAAAAAAAUCUUGAGCAGACUGCUUAUUCUGUGCGUUUUCUGAAAUCAAACUUUUAAAAAUUUAGUUGCUCAGUGAAAGAAACGUGGUUCAUAUAAUAUAACUAAACAGAAUGUCUUUAAAAUUUGCUUUUCAUGUCAUAUAUCUAGAGUAGUGUGAAAAUUUUUAUAAGUUCUGAUAUUAUGAACAUUUUCCUUGCUGUAUAUUUCUGAAAUUAGUAAUACAUAAAAAGUAAUUGACCCAACAGCAUCGAAGAGUCCCUGCUGGAAGGGAAAACUCUUUUCUUUCAUUUAAAAUGUAUAUUAAGCUGAUUUUUGACAACUAAAUAUUAUUAUUUUUAUUUCGCGUAGAAAAUAUUAUCAGGGCAGAAAAAGAUGCUGCUGCAAAUACACAAGGUACAUCAUUUGUACAUCACAGCUGCAGUAAAUAAUUACUCUAAUACAUUGCAUAUUUAUGAAACCAAAAGCUAUUUAAAAACAAUUUACUUCUUAAUAAUUAAUAAUUUUCUAUGAUAGCAAGAUUAUUAACAGCAUAUCCACUGUUUGACCUGCGAUUUCCAUGCAGUGAUUUCGUUAUAGAAUAGAAACUAGAUAUUACCUCUGGCCCACUUUAGCUUGGGGGACCUGAGAAAAUUUUACGGACAGUUCAAGAUAAUUUAAUAUAUGAAGAGCUUCGAAAGAGGCUGUGUUCAAAAUUUAAUAUUCUCAAGCACAUUGUAAUUUACAUAAAACAUAGACGGAAGAGAAAUAUUUUCAAAUUUUUGACGAAUAUUGAAAAGUGCAAAACACCUAAAUGAAGUGCCUUAUUUAUUGAAAAUGUACCUAGACGUGAACUAAGAAUAUAUACAUAUGAAGAAAUUCGAAUUAGGCUGGGAUCAAAAUAUGGUAUUUCUGCGCACAUUUAUAGUUUACUUGUAACAUAGCCGAGGAAGAAAAAUAUUCAUAGUUCUGACGAAUUGCCAACAGCAAUGCAAUUCCUUAGUGAAGUGCCUUAUUUAUUGAACAUGUAGCUUGCUGCAAAAUUAAAAAUGUACUUUUGUAUCGUUUUUGUAAAGUAAGUGUUGUUUUUGUACUAUUCAAUAUUUAUAUUGAAUAAAAAUUUAUACAUUUUAAA